UCCGGCCAGGUAGCCACGGACAUAGACAAGAUGUGGAGAUUCCUUCUGAUUUGCAGCAUUCAGCUGAUUUGCGCCUCGGAGCACAGUGGCGAAGGAUAUGGCGAUGGUUACGGAUACGGGGGAAGCGGAGGCGGUGGCGGCGGAUCAGGAGGCAGCGGGGGAGGCGAUGGCCACUUCCACCACCACCACACACCCACCACGUACUCGGAGAUCUCGAAGCACGUGCCGGUGCACGUGAUCGAAAAGGUGCCACUGCCCAUUCCCCAUCCGGUGGCCGUCCAGGUGCCCAACGUCAUUCGGCUGCAGAUUCCGGAACCCUACGCCGUCCACGUGCCCGUCCAGCAGGAGAUCCACGUGCCGGUGUACAAAAUAGUACCCGAAAUAACCGAAAAGAAAAUACCCUACACGGUGGAGAAGCCAUACCCCGUCGAGGUGGAGAAGCCCUAUCCCGUCGAGGUGAUCAAGCAGAUCAAGAUUCCGGUGCCUAAACCGUAUCCUGUUCCUUAUACCAUCUACAAGCACGUCCUGCAAAAGGAGCACGGAUGGUGA